GCACACAUUUCUAGGAAUUGUUUCGUUUGCUGUCUCAUUGGUUGCAUGGCAUAGUCUGUGUAGCCUAUCUGAUAUUUUAAUCAUAGGCGUAUGAGAAAAGAAGAUAUUUUUGCAAAUCAGUUCUGAAUUAAAUUUCAUUUAAAUUGCACUGGUGUUCUAGAUUUACCCUAGAUUUAACUGUAUCUUUUGUAUUUUCUGCUAGCUGUCUUCAUGUGGCCAAAGCCAAUCUCACCCUCAACGGUAUUUUCAUUAUAGCGCAGAACGAAUCGCUUGGAUGCACGCCUGGCCUUUGGGACCCCACUCGCUCACUCGUUGCAUUCAUUACACGGACCCAUCUGCGACGAAUCGAAUACAGCACGAACAUUACAAUUCAAUCAAUUAUUUGCUAUCGACUGAGCUGCAUCCAACCCAGAUAAGUCACAGUUUACCUGCUCAGGAAUAGGGUAUUCUACUGGCUGGAUUUGAGGCGCUAAAUGGUGACAGAAUGGGAUGCGAAAACAGAGCACUGAAAAGAUACACUUUUGCGCUUUGGAUCGCCGCGAGCUUGCUUUUAGUGGACAGCCGAAGAGGGAAACAGCCGAGAUGCCCACAGGGAUGCACUUGCACCAAAGAUAACGCCUUGUGUGAAAAUAUCAGAUCGGUUCCACACAGUUUCCCCCCAGAUGUCGUCUCCUUAUCAUUUGUGAAGUCUGGAUUCACCGAAAUUGCGGGGGGAAGCUUCCUACACACGCCAGCCCUUCAGCUUCUCUUGUUUACAGCCAAUUCAUUUGAAUCUAUUGAUGAGGAUGCUUUCCAGGGGCUACCACAUCUGGAAUACCUGUUUAUUGAAAACAACAAAAUUGAGUCAAUAUCACCUCAGGCCUUUAGAGGUUUGAAAUCUCUCAUACACCUGAGCCUUGCCUAUAAUAACCUUGAGACAUUACCCAAAGAUGUUUUCAAGGGUAUGGAUGCCUUAACAAAAGUAGAUCUUCGAGGAAACGUGUUUAACUGUGACUGUAAGAUGAAAUGGCUGGUUGAAUGGAUGUACAACACCAAUGCUACAGUGGACCAGAUAUACUGUAGUGGGCCUUCUCUUCACCAGGGGAAGAAGAUUAAUGACCUGGUGCCUCAGUCAUUUGACUGUAUAACUGCAGAGUUUGCUUCCAAGAAGACCCUGAAGUUUGAGUCUAUCUCUGUGGAGGCUUUCUCCUUAGGGCAUGAUAAGUAUGCUGUGUUUGCACAGCCCUUCACAGGAACAUGCAGCUUCAUGGAAUGGGACCAUGUCAACAUGGAAUUCCGACCCUAUGACAGCAUCGAGAGCACAUCCACUGUGGUCUGCAAGCCAAUGGUCAUCAACAACCAGGUCUUCAUUAUCAUUGCCCAGCUUUUUGGGGGCUCCCACAUUUACAAACGAGACAUCUCAGCCAACAAGUUCAUCAAGAUCCAAGACAUUGACAUCCUGAAAAUCCGGAAGCCCAAUGACAUUGAGACAUUUCUUGCGGAUGGUGAGUCUUUCUUUGUGAUCGCAGACAGCUCCAAGGCGGGAUCCACUACCAUAUACAAGUGGAAUGGGAAUGGUUUCUAUUCACACCAGUCCCUUCACCCCUGGUACCGGGACACAGAUGUGGAGUAUCUGGAGAUUAGCAGCAAGCCUCACCUUAUCCUAUCCAGCAGCUCCCAGCGACCUGUAAUCUACCAGUGGAGCCGGAGCCAGAAGCAGUUCGAACGGCGGACAGACAUCCCUGAGAUGGAGGACGUCUAUGCUGUCAAGCACUUCAAAGUGCAGGGUGAGCUGUAUAUCUGUCUGACACGCUUCAUCGGUGACUCCAAGGUCAUGAGGUGGGAUGGGGCCAUGUUCACUGAGAUUCAGACAAUGCCCUCCAGGGGCUCCAUGGUUUUCCAACCAGUUUCCAUUGGCAGCUGGCAGUAUGCCAUCCUAGGCAGCGACUACUCACUCACCCAGGUCUACCAGUGGGACUCCAAGAAGAACCACUUUGUGCAUUUUCAGGAGCUGAACAUUCAGGCCCCAAGGGCUUUCUCCUUGGUGUCCAUUGAAAACAGAGAGUUCCUGCUGGCCUCAAGCUUCAAAGGGAAGACUCAGAUUUAUGAGCAUCUGAUUAUUGACCUGAGUAACUGAAGUGGUUCCAGUUGCUGAAUGUGUAAACUGAAUGUGCAGAUGAACAGAGUGAUGUGAUGGAGAUAAGCUUACUGUCAAAACCACUUGUAUUGCCUAACUCACUAAUGAUGGUUCCAGAUGAUUGCCUCUCUAGAAACAUCCUUUGUGUCCUUUAUUGCUGUAUUCAUCUUUUCUACACUUUUCAGUUAUCCUCUUUUUACCUUCCCUUAACAAGAGCCAUUGUUAACAUAUUCUCUCCCUGCAACAAAUGCUAGUGAAAUGGUGUUUACCGAAAAGAUAUAAUAAACAAAAGUAUAGACCAAGUGAUUAACUGGUGACAUCAUAACAGGCUGCCAAAUAACUUGUUUACAUUUUUACUGUAAUUGUAAGCAGUUUGUAACAUUUUUUAUAUAAAGGGACCACGCAAUUGGGAUUUCUCACACUAGUUUAGUGCGCAGAGAGGUAGAUGGUUCUUGUGGGGAUUCAGACAUUUUAUUCAUAAGGCUAGUCUUAAUGCAAUAAACCCAAAUUUAGUUGUAGAAUAGUUUUGUGGUAAAUUUAAAAAGAACAUUUAGUUCUUUACUUGUUACUUGUUUGUCAUACGUGUAAUAAACCAACUUAACAUUA